AGAAGUUAGACUGUAUAAGCAGGGAGACGAAAGGUCAGAAGACAGGAUAGACAGACACAGAGAAAGACUAUAGGAAGUCAGAGACUUGAGGAUAGCAGGCUAGCCCAUCUUUGGUUUGGGUGACUAGCUAUGGAAACUCAAAGAAGGAACCAGCAGGAAAAGCAAAGGAAAGGCCGUGCCUGUGGUCGACCCCUGCCUGAACCACAUGUGACCUCUGGGACCCUGAUCUCCACAGUAGACACGGGCCCUGAGGCUUUUAGGAGACUCUCUGGUCCGGGGCUGGGGAGACCUAAACUUUGCCCACAGAGGAGCCGUCCCCACUCCCGGCGCCGCCAUCGCACCACCUUCAACCCAGCACAGCUGGAACAGCUGGAGUCAGCCUUUGGGAGGAACCAGUACCCUGACAUCUGGGCUCGAGAGGGGCUUGCCCAAGACACUGGUCUCAGUGAAGCCCGAAUCCAGGUCUGGUUCCAGAACCGCAGAGCUAAGCAACGGAAACAGGAGCGGUCGCUGCUCCAGCCGCUAGCUCAUCUACCGCCGGCCACCUUCUCUGGCUUCUUGCCAGAGUCCCCUGCUUAUCCCUACUCCUAUACAACACCACCUCCACCAGUACCCUGCUUCCCUCACCCCUACAAUCACACUCUCCCCUCCCAACCCUCCACAGGUGCCUCAUUGCCUCUUUCUCCCCAACCUGAGGACUGGUACCCCACCUUGCACCCAACCCCUGCUGGCCAUCUGCCCUGUCCCCCACCCCCACCCAUGUUUCCCCUCAGCCUUGAGACACCAAAGUCCUGGAACUAAAUGGUGACAAGGUCACCCUCUAUCUACAACCCUUGUGAAACACAAGAAAAUUGGGAGCUCCCUUUUCAUCCUAAAGGGGACAUUAGAAUCAUGGUGAGGGG